AUGGCUGAAGCACGAAACAAACCUCGUGGAGAGCUAGCAGAGCUUAGCGCUCAGCUGCAGAAUCUUUGCACAGCAGGAAAGCGGACUGAACGAGAGCUUCGGAACGCGAAGAAAGAUGUCUUUAGGAAGGUUGUUAACUACAUGACUCUGGGCAUGGACAUGUCCGGCCUUUUCCCCAUGAUGACGUCGUGCGCGAACCUGAGCGCCGAUGAUUUGGUCCUGAAAAAGAUGCUUUACCUGUACCUGACGCACUACGCCUCACAGACACCAGAUUUAGCCUUGCUUACAAUUAACCAGCUGCAGAAAGACUAUGCAGACCAAGAUCCCAUGAUUCGGGGUCUUGCUCUGCGCAGUCUGUGUUCGCUGCGCGUUGCCAACUUCCUGGAGUACGUGGUUACGCCAAUUAUGACGGGACUCGGCGAUCGGCAUCCGUACGUACGGCGUACGGCAGUGAUGGGCGUCCUCAAAGUGCAUCACAUUGAUUCGACAGCGGUCGCGCAGCACGGCAUGGUGGUGCAAGUCAAGCGGCUCCUGGCCACUGACACGGAUGUACAAGUCAUCGCAAACUGCCUGUCGGUGCUCAUGCAGGUAGGAAGUGAUCAGCCACGUGCUCUUUCGGACAAACUGGAGCCACCCAGCCGUCUGGCGGAGAAGGCGCUCGUGUACUCACUUCUCAACCGCAUCAAGGAGUUCAGCGACUGGGGUCAGUGCCAGGUGCUGCAGUUGGCGACCCACUACACGCCCACCUCCGAGGCGGAGGUGUAUGACAUGCUUAACGCGCUGGAGGACCGUAUGGGCCACGUGAACAGCGCCGUGGUGAUGGCCACCAUCGGUGUGUUUUUGCGCCUCACCAUUAACAUGACGGCCACACAUCAGCAGGUUCUGGAGCGCAUCCGGGAGCCCGUCAAAACCCUCAUCAGCAGGGAUGACGCGCCCACCGCCUACGCGGCGCUGUCGCACGUGCUGCUGCUGGUGCAGCGUGCGCCAAUGAUUUUCGAGAAUGAUGCGGUGGCAUUCUUCUGCCGCACGCACGACCCGUGGUUCGUCAAGAAGCUCAAGCUGGAGAUCCUGGCGGCAAUCGCAAGCACGUCCAAUGUGUACGACAUCGUCACAGAGCUUACCGAGUAUGCUCGUGACAUAAGCCCCACCAUGGCCCGCGAGGCUGUCCGUGCGGUGGGUCGUAUCGCACUGACAGUCCCCGAUUCCGGUGGCAUCGUGGAGCGGCUGCUCAUGUUCCUGGACGGCAGCUCCGAGCAUCUGGUGGCGGAGGCGCUGGUGCAGCUCAAGGACGUGCUCAGGCGCUACCCGGACGUGGCGCAUGUGUGCGUGGGCAGCCUGGGAGACCUGGCGGUGCAUGGCAACAUCUCCGAGCCGGCGGCGCGAGCUGCGUUCGUGUGGAUCCUGGGUCAGUUUGGCGGCCUGGUGCAGGACGCCCCCUACCUUCUGGAGCCCUUCGUAGACGGCUUCGCGUCGGAGGACCCCUCGGUACGUCUGGCGGUCCUAACGGCGGCCGUGCAGCUCUUCUUCCGGAGACCGGCCGAGGUCAAACCCAUUCUGGGGACGGCGCUGUCUGCCGGCAUUGCCGACAGCCACGCUGAUGUGCGCGACCGGGCGUUGAUGUACUACAGGUUGCUCAGGACAGACGCAGCCGCAGCGGAGCGUGUGGUGGCUCCCCCCCUGCUAGUGGUGCCCUGGUUCAGUGAGGCGCUGUCACCGGAGGCCAAGGAAGCCAUCUUUGCGGAGUUCAACACGCUGAGCGUUGUCUUCCAGCAGCCCGCGGCGGCCUUCAUCGAGCGCCAGCCAUACCAUUCCCUCGAGGCCGAACCGGAGCCGCCCAGCCAGGCGCCGACCACAGGUAAAUGUGCCGACCGCUCCACGAACCUGCUUGCGGAUGCGGACGGAGCGGACCUGGUGGGUGUUGGUGCGGACUUGUUGGACCUGGAUAUCACCGCCGGCACAACAACUGGCGGCAGCAGCGCCGCAGCAGUGCCAUUAAACGCUGGCGGCAUCCCCGGCGGAUAUGCGGGCCAGCCUGCUCCUGGGCCCAUGGCAGGCAUCGGGCCAGGGAUACCUGGUCAUGGCAACUUCUUCGUCGAUAACGGCGUGGGGCUGGGGCUGCCAACAGCUGCUGGCCCGGCUCCUCCCGCACCUGUGCCGGAGCUGGUCUUGAACCCCAAGGCCCGCGUUGCCGCCGGGGCGUUUCAGGAGGAGUGGAAGCGCCUAACCCCCGCACACUGCAGCACACUCAGUGUUAGCCCUGCCACGGUUGCGGCCAUUGUCGCCAACAACCACCGCGACUUCACACAGCAUAUGACACAGGCGUACAUCCACACCAUUGCGAGCGGUGGCCAGGCGCCCAGCUUCAGGUAUUAUUUCUACGGACAGAACGCUGGCCAGUCGGCCGCGUUGUACCUUGUGGAGCUGCUGCUGCGGUCGGACACCGGCAACAUGCAGGUCACGGUGAAGACUGCAGACACGGCUUCCUUGCCAGCGUUUCUGGAGUUGUGGAAUGCAUGUUUGACGGGGUUCCUUGUCAUGAGCUGA